AUGGCUGAAGCCCAGCUGUGUGGAUUACAGGACGAGUUCACCUGCUCGGUGUGUCUGGACACCCUGACUGACCCUGUCUCAAUCCCCUGUGGUCAUAAUUUCUGCCUAAAGUGCCUCACGGACUACUGGGAUCAGAGCCAAGUGUGCAGCUGUCCUCAGUGCAGACACACCUUCAUGUUAAGGCCUGCGCUGAACAGAAACACUCUGCUGAAUGAAGUCAUCAAGAAAUUAAAAAAGACGACACUCAGUUCUCCUCCUCCUCAGAAUUAUGCUGGCCCUGGAGACGUGGAGUGUGACUUCUGUACUGGUAAGAAGUUCAGAGCGGUGAAGUCCUGUCUCACUUGCCCGGCCUCCUACUGUCAGACUCACUUGCAGCCUCACUAUGAAGGAGACGCCCUGAAGCACCACAAGCUGGUUGAUCCUGAUAGAAAUCUGAAGGAGAAACUAUGUGAGAAACAUCAGAAAAGUCUGGAGAUAUUCUGUAAAACUGAUGAUUCCUGUAUCUGCAUGAUGUGUGUGGUGACUGGACAUAAUGGGCAUAAAAUGGUCGAGCUGGAGAUGGAAAGAGAAGAAAAGCAGAAACAACUGGGGGCGACACUGAGUGACAUCAAGAGGAAACUUGAGGAGAGAGAGAAGACAUUGAAGGAGACGAGGAGGGGGAUGGACGUGAUGAAGAUGUCUGUGGUAAGAGAGGUGGAAGAAAAUGAGAAGAGCUUCACUGCUCUGAUACGGUGCAUUGAGGAAGCCAACAGAAAACUGACUGAGAGGAUCAAAGAACAAGAAAAGAGAGAAACGGAGAAGACUGAAGGAGUCAUGGAGCAACUGGAGAAGGAGAUUGAGGACCUGAAGAGGAGAGAAGGUGAGCUGAAGGAGCUUUUAGAGACCAAGGACCAUCUCCACUUCCUACAGGUGAGAGCGACACUUCACAGGGAGUUUGAUCAGACUGGGAUGUGUGGGACUGGAGAACAUUUAGAGAAAAAUUUCAAAGAUCUUGUACAACAUGACAAGAACAGGCCAUUCAGCUCAGCACAGAUCUCCACACAUGUUAGUCGCUACAUAACUCAGCUUGUGAUGAAGAUGAUGAUGAUGGUGAUGAAGAAUCAAAGGCUCCUAGGAUUUCCUCAUAAGUCAAACAUAUGA